CUUCUGGCCAUCUCAAAUGAUCUAGAAAGAUUUGACGGAAGUCCAGACUCCAGAGAGAGCUAUGGUUCGGUUUUCUCCUUGCCCUUUUCUCACUCUGAAUUCUUCCCGCUCCGUUCUCUUCCCUUCCACUGUAACCGCCACCAGUUCAAUGUUCACUACAUCUUCUUCUUCUUCGUCACACCAGGAUUCAACAGACUUACAGAUGGACCGAACAAACCAAGUUCUGAAAUACCAUGAUCAGACUAAACAUUCAUUAACCAAAUAUUCAAGAGGACCCCAUGGCCUCGAUUGGGAAAAUCAACCCAACCCUUUUCGACGAUUCAUUUCCGCACCAAUUGUUCCUUUGAUUCAUUUCCCAAUCGAUUCUCCUAACCCAGAUUCCAUCUCCUACUCUUCUGUAUUCAAUUCUCUCCCCUCUCCAAAACCCAUCUCCAUUUCCACCAUUUCUCAGUUUUUCUACGAUUCUCUCGCUUUAUCCGCUUGGAAAACUACUGGGUAUUCAACCUGGUCACUUAGGGUAAACCCUAGCAGCGGCAAUCUUCAUCCAACUGAAGCUUACAUAAUAUCCCCUCCGAUUGAAUCAAUCUCGAAUUCGCCUUUUGUAGCUCAUUACGCUCCAAAAGAUCAUUCUCUCGAGAUCAGAGCCGAUAUCCCAUCAAAUUUCUUCCCUAAAUUCUUUCCACAAGGUUCGUUUCUCAUAGGAAUUUCUUCCAUUUUCUGGCGGGAGGCGUGGAAGUAUGGGGAGAGAGCUUUCAGGUACUGUAAUCAUGACGUUGGACACGCAGUUGCUGCUUUAUCAAUGGCGGCUGCAGGGUUAGGCUGGGAGGUGAAGAUGCUGGAUGAAUUAGGUUACGAUGAAUUGGAGAAGCUAAUGGGACUUGAAACUUAUCCUAAAUUCAAAAUCCCAUCAUCAAGACCGGUAAAAGGGAAAUUUCCUGAUAUUGAAUUUGAACAUCCUGAUUGUGUUCUUCUUGUAUAUCCUAAUGGAGUUGAUGAUUUUAAUGUUGAUUAUGAAGAAUUCAAUAAUGUUAUCAUGAGUUUCUCGAAACUAGAAUGGAAAGGUGAACAUAAUCUUCUUAGUAAAGAACAUGUUUGUUGGGAUAUCAUAUAUAGAACUGCAGAAGCCACUAAGAAGCCAUUAGAGUUGGAAAAUAGGUUUGAUUUUACAGUUGAUCCAUUUCACCCGAGCGGUUUGAUUAGUGAAUGUUUAUACAAGAAUUCUGUGUUAAGGGAAGUUAUUCGAAACAGAAGAAGUGCAGUUGAUAUGGAUGAACAUACUGAGAUAAGUAGAGAAACAUUUUAUCAAAUCAUCUUACAUUGUGUUCCAUCCGGUCACCAGCCAGAAGAAGUUCAUAAGAAAAGUAAACAACUUUCUUUGCCAUUUCGAUCCCUUCCGUGGGAUCCACAAGUGCACGCGGUUUUGUUUGUUCAUAGAGUUUCGGGAUUGCCAAAGGGUCUCUAUUUCUUGGUGAGAAAUGAUGAUCAUUUGGAGGAUCUCAAAAGAGCGACAAAAUCCGAAUUCAAAUGGGAGAAACCCGAGGGUUGUCCAGAUGGUGUUUCUCUAUUCGAACUUGCUAAGGGCGAUUUCAUGGACAUCUCCAAACGGUUAUCUUGUCAUCAGGAAAUAGCGAGCGAUGGUUGCUUUAGUCUUGGUAUGGUGGCACGUUUUGAGCCUAUAUUACGGGAGAAGGGUGCUUGGAUGUAUCCUCGUUUGUUUUGGGAAACAGGUGUUUUGGGACAAGUGUUGUACCUCGAGGCCCAUGCAGUUGGAAUAUCAGCCACGGGAAUUGGUUGUUUCUUUGAUGAUUCAGUACACGAGGAGGUUUUGGGAUUGAGAGGAUCCAACUACCAAAGCCUUUAUCAUUUUACGGUUGGAGGUGCUGUCAAUGACAACCGAAUAAUGAGCCUUCCGGCUUACCCAGGCCCCAGUAAUUCACGUUGGUAAAAGUUAAGUGGUAAAAAAAGGUGUAAAUAAACGGGUAAGAACGAGUAAUAUUCCUCCAAUAUUAGGUUCGGACUGAAUCCAUGGUUUAGGGUUUACAGCGGCGGUUGGUAGUACUAUUCGACAACAGGUGAUCAUCGGAAAGGAGAUACACUACUCGCGGCGGUUGGCACUAUUCGACAACAGGUGAUCAUCUGAAAAAGGUCAAAAUAUAUAUGAGUUUCAGUUUGAAGAGGAAUACACAGAUGAUGAUGAUUUUAACCAAAUCUAAUACCCCCAAGGGAUUACAGAUUAGGUGUAAAGUUUGAAGUUUGUGGUUAAUUGUUUUGUAUUAGUUUUUUCUUUAGACUUGAUUUUAAUAACUUCUAUAUUUUCUUAUAAAAAUUAUUGAUUUGGUUAUGA